AAUCCGCCGUGAACGGCGAUUCCUGUCGGACGGUCCUUGGCAAGGCUUGGCUUGCCUCUGCGGCAUCGAUGGCUUCCAGCUCCGGCGCCGCGGCCGCGGACGUCGGCGCCACGGCCGCGAUCACCGUCGAACGGAAGCCGGCGACGGCUCGCCUGUUGGAGCUCGGCGUCAGGUCUUGGCCCAAGUGGGGCGGUCCUCCGGGGAGGUACGCGCUGAGCUACGGAGCGCGGCAGACGUGCUACAUCGUGAGGGGCAAGGCGAGCGCCACCGUGGAGGGCUCGCCGGAGAGCAGCAGCACCGCCCAGUUCGGCGCCGGCGACCUCGUCGUCUUCGCCAGGGGGACGCGGUGCACCUGGCACAUCGUCGCUGCCGUCGACAUGCACUACGCCUUCGAUCCGUCCUAACAGCAAGGAGCCAACGACUAUGCAAACUGAAGGCCGGAACAGCUGUUGGUGAUAAUGAUAAAAGGACCAACAAAAUUGAGCAUUCCAAUUUUGAUCUAAUUCCAACACCAUUCCUGCACAUCGAACUUACCCUAUUUGUGCCUUAAAAUUCCACGCUUCACCAGGAUACUAGUACUACUACAUCAAACACGCCUUUGAUCAGCAAUACGGAAAUCUGAUAUCCAAAUCAAUCAUUUGUACCUUAAAACCUCACAUUGUAAAAAAGGUAGACCAGUGGUUGGACAUGCAUUUUGGCAUCA